AUGCUGGCCUCGGCCCCCGGCCGGCCCCCGGCCCUGCUGCCCAAGCCCGGCAAGGACAAUCUGCGCCUCCAGAAGCUGCUGCGGAGGGCGGCCCGGAGGGCGGCCGCGGGGGGCGCCUUCCGCGCCUGCCUGUCCCCCGUGAGCGAGGCCAGCCACGACCAGGAUGCCGCGGCCCCCGGCCCCCCGCAUGCCCCCGUCACCCACCAGGUGGCACCGCCCCGGCGGCUCCUCAACCGGCCGGGGCCCCUGGCUCGGAGCCCCCCCGCAGGGGCUGCCCACGUGGCCCAGGGGUUCGGCCUCCCGCUGCCGCCCCCCCUGCCCGGGAGCCCUGAGCACCCCGGGGUGAGCCCGGGGAAGGGGCCGACGGGCCAGGACACAGACACAGCCCCGUCGCCCCCCCGUGCCCCCCCACCCAUCCCCGUGGCCCACAUCCGCCCGCUGCCCACAGCGGCCCAGGCUGCCCCGCCCCGGCCCACCGCGCCCGCCGUGCCCAGGCCGACCCCCGGCUUCCGCGCCCUGGUGUCCAGGGCCCCCGGCACCCGUGUCGUGGUCCCCAUCGCCCCCACCCACCGCCCCCCAGACCCCUCACUUCACAGCCCGGCCCCCGAGGGCAAGUGCCAGCGGCCGCCCACGGAGGAGGCCGAGCCGGCCCCCUGCCCCCCGCCAGGGCCCGGCCCCCGCGGGGCCCCCAGCACGCCACCCAGACCUCGCCCGGGAGGCUGGACGCGCCUGAGGAAGCAGCUGAUGGAGGAGUCCCCCGAGGCUGCACCCCUGCAGCCCGGCCCGCCGCCCCGGGCGCCCGCCUCCCGGGCCUCCCAGCUGUGGGACGCCGUGAUGUACCGCAUGCUGGUGGCCGAGUCCAGGGACGGCCCCGCUGCCCCCGCGGGCGCUCGGCUGCCUUUCCUAUGCCGACCCCGCUUCAACGCCCGCAAGCUGCAGGAGGCGUCGGCCCGGCCCCCGCCGCCGUGGCACCCCGCUGUGGAAAGGGGCCCCCAGCCCAGGAACUUCAACCGCGUGGCGGCGGGCUGGGGGCUGCAGUGA